AUGGCGGAGUAUUGGAAAUCAGCUGCCAGAUACUGGUGCAAGCAAUGCAAAGUGUAUAUUCGCGAUACCGCCUUCGAAAAGUCCCAACAUGAAGCGAGCGGAAAACAUCAGGGAAACCUGAAGCGGUUCCUACGAGAAAUCCACCGCGACAAUGAGCGACAGCAAAGGGAUUCCCAGAGAGCAGAAAAUGAGGUCGAAAGGUUAAGACGAACCGUCGCGGGAUCUUCUGGCGGGAAGGGCGGGGAUGAGGCACCCUGGAAACGUGCUCCAGCGCCUAAACAAGAGGCACGGCCGGCUUCUAUGGAUGAGAGGAAGAAACAAAUGGCGCAGUUGGCGGAAAUGGGCGUUUCUAUCCCGGACGAGUUCCGUGGCGAUAUGGCCUUAUCGGGAGAAUGGCAGACGGUUUCUGAGAGGGUUAUUGGAGGAGAAGAUACGGGAAAGCUGGGGAACUCUAUGGGGGUACGCAAGCGGAAGCAUGAUGGCGAUGAGGAUGAGGAGGAGCAGGAGGCCAAGGCCGAGGCCGAAAGGUUCGUUAGCAAGGGUUGGGGCUCGAGGACACGACUCUACCCUGGUGCACAUGAUGAUCAAGAUCUGGAUUCUCUUCUCGAAUCUACCAAGGAUAUAAAGAAGCCCAAAACUUCAGAUGCGGCUCCUGAAGAGGGCACUAAAGAUCCCGGCCAUCCAGUUAAACGUGAAGAGGACGAUACAACGGUCUCAGCAGAGGCGGAUAAACCACCAGAAGUGAAGAAAGAAGAGCAAGAACCUUCUGAAGCGGCGCCAUCCUCGAUUCCUGCCACAAAGGGCGAGUCUGAAGAUGCAGCACCAGGGGUUGUCUUCAAAAAACGGAAGCCGAAAGCCAUGAGGAAAUAG